GCCACCACCGCCGCCACCGCCACUGCCUCCGCCACCGCCGCGAGCACCGCGCGUCUCGGGCUCCACGCGCCGCCAGCGUUCGGCCCUCUGCGCCCCGCCGCCAGCCCCGCCGCCUGCCCGCGGAGCCCCGGGCCGCCGCCACCACGCCGCGCGCCGUACUCCGCGUCAAGAAUGGGGCGGCCAAGCUGCCCAAGCCGCCCGCCGCCGCCGCGGCCGAGGCUCCUGGCGCGGGCGCGGGCAUGGAGCGCUCGCAGAGCCGCCUCAGCCUGUCCGCCUCCUUCGAGGCGCUCGCCAUCUACUUCCCGUGCAUGAACUCCUUCGAUGAUGAGGACGCAGCAGACAGCCGGAGGCUGAAGGGAGCCAUCCAGAGAAGCACAGAGACGGGACUGGCCGUGGAGAUGCCCAGCCGGACGCUCCGCCAAGCCAGCCAUGAGUCCAUCGAGGACAGCAUGAACAGCUAUGGCUCGGAGGGCAAUCUUAACUAUGGAGGAGUUUGUCUAGCUUCAGAUGCCCAGUUCAGUGACUUCCUGGGGAGCAUGGGGCCAGCACAGUUUGUGGGCCGCCAGACCCUGGCUACCACACCCAUGGGGGAUGUGGAGAUUGGCUUGCAGGAGCGGAAUGGUCAGCUGGAGGUGGACAUCAUCCAGGCCCGGGGACUGACUGCUAAGCCAGGCUCGAAGACACUGCCAGCUGCCUAUAUCAAGGCCUAUCUGCUGGAGAAUGGUGUCUGCAUUGCCAAGAAGAAAACCAAAGUGGCCCGCAAGUCACUGGACCCGUUGUACAACCAGGUGCUUCUGUUUCCUGAGAGUCCCCAGGGCAAAGUCCUGCAGGUAAUCGUGUGGGGAAACUACGGGCGGAUGGAGCGGAAGCAGUUCAUGGGCGUGGCUCGAGUCCUGCUGGAGGAACUGGACUUGACCACCCUGGCCGUGGGCUGGUACAAGCUCUUCCCCACCUCCUCCAUGGUGGACCCAGCCACAGGUCCGCUGCUUCGGCAGGCAUCCCAGCUGUCCCUCGAGAGCACCGUGGGGCCCUGUGGCGAGCGAUCUUAAUGCCGGGGAUGGGGAGGGGCUCCCCGAGAUGGCCUGGAGACCACCCAGCCCUGACCUGGGACCCCAGGCCCAGGGGCUCAUUGGACAUUGGAGGAUGGGGUUCUUCCCCCACAGCGGGGAAGCAGAAUGGGGAGACCUGCCCCCCUUGGGCCCCUCCUCACUCCUUCACCUCCUACCCCUGAGACCUUCCCUUUCCCAGUGGGUUGGCUACACUUUUGACUUGGCCGGUUUUGACCUGGUGGAUGCGGCUACAAUCAGAGAAGGACUGAGGUGGCAGAGCAAACCACUCUUCUACCCUACCCCACCCCACCUAUCCCUCUUUUGCCUCCUUGGAAGCUCGCUGCCCAGAGCCAAGUCCAGAACCAAGCCGGCCAUCUCCAUGGUGCCAAUUACCAGCAAGUGUCUUUCCUGCGGCACUGGGUUCCGGCAGCUACUCCUGUCCCAGAGCUGAUGGGGCAGUUUGCAAGGAUCCGGAGCCAGCUCCUGAGGGGGGUACCCAGAGCUCCCCACUUGAAGGGGAGUAUGGGUCUCCCUCUGCCUGCCCGUGGAAGGAGCUUUGCCGCAGCCUGUCUGAGUCCAUCCAUCCAUCCCCUCCUACCUGUCCCUCUGCUGGAAGCUCUAGGAAUUGGGAGCCAGCAGAGACCAAAGGGAAGGAGGAGGUACCUGAGGCUUGGCAGGAUCCCCAGGGGUCCUUGCUCCAUGGGAUUGCAACAAGCUGGUCUGGAGCUCUUGGUGGACUGGAAAGGACAUUGUCAUCUGUGAUAUAUGGUGGAGGACUGUGGGGACCUGAGUUUCCAGAACCUUGCACACAGGGAACAACUCUCCAGUGAAUCGAGGGUAGUAGGAGCGGAGCAUUGAAGAAAGCUGGAAUGAGGUCUAAGUGGCACCAAGGUCAGGGUUUUCCAAACAGGAGACCCCCUCCUUGUUGGAUGAGAUCAAAGGUCAUCUUGUUAUCCUCUGCCUCUGGGCCAGGGUCUUGGAGAGGCAUUAGAGCCGCACACAUUUUAGUCUUUAAAUAAACUAUCCUGUACCAAGGGCAGAAGCCACUGCCCAGCCUCAUCACCUUGGCUCAAGGAGAGAUGGCAUUCCAGGAGGAGGGAUGCAGAGCUGUAAGUGUAUGUUUAGAGGCUCCAAGGAGACCUGGGCAGCUGCCUUCCUGUGGCCCUCCCUGGGGCCUGCGGGAGCCCUUUUGCAUGCGAGGGAGGACACAGUCAGGCCCCUAUAGAAGCACAUUUCUAUCACCCCUCCUGGGAGGCGCCCAGCAGCCUGCCAGUCCUCCUCACUAGUCCCUGCUGUGUAGGGUGUAGUCCAGGUUAGCUGGGUAGUUAGUGUUCACGCCUGAGGCCUGUUAGCUCAGAUGUAGUCUUUUUUUUCAAGCCCCGGGCUGUGAGGAGAGGGAGACCCCAGUACAUUCCAGAAGAC